UUUAUAUUUUGAGGGCACGGUCAUCCUCCUUCACAUCCCCAGUUGCCUGUUGGGUCCUUCACCAGACUCCACAGACACUGUAGGCAGAAGAGGGUAGCGCCACCUACUUGGCACCGGAAAGGCAGAAGCGAUUCUCUCGAGAGCUGGUUCAAUUCUGUCUGGAACCGCCUGUUACUGAGAAGUAAAAAUCCUAAAAUUCGGUGCCGUAGGGGGUUGAUCAUCGAUCUUAUUUUUCACCGUUCUUCAAUAUCAUCAGUUUGUUUACACUCUCCCUCGUAGCUUCACUCUUUCUAUUUUCUUCCCCCAAUUUUUUAACCAUCUGAACUGGACACCGUCUACGGCAGCACCGCCUACUCUGCGCUGUAUCUGUUUUGCGAGCACAGGCGCCUGAAAUCACAUCUCCCUUGUUAUUUCCCAUGGGCGGGUCUGGUUCCCUUUGUCUUUCCUACUGAAUCCUCGUUUUUUUCUGCCCACAUCGAUGCCUAAAGCAGCAGGAAUGAAGAUCCUUAGUCUGCAGGCUUUCAUGAAACUUCAGACAGAUUUUAAAGUUGUGGUCUGAUGUGAGAUCUGAUUGUCUCAGUUCAAUCGGCUGUAACUUCAGUAGCUCCGGGUUAAUAUGUCUACUGGACAAGUAAUCAAGCGCGCCAAAUACAAAACUUCUCUGAAAGAUCCUGGCACUCCUGGGGUGCUGAAAUUGGCUGAGGAGAAGUUUCUUUUUAGGCCUAAUGAUCCAACUUCAAACAUGAAGCUUGAAGUUGACUUCAAAACUAUACAGAGUCACAAACACACCAAAGAAGGAUCAAACAGGCCACCUUGGCUUAACCUUGGCCAUUCUCAGGGAAAUUACAUAUUCGAGUUAGAAAGCUAUCCAGAUCUAAAUGUAUGUCGAGAAUUUGUGGGUAUUGCCCUCUCCCGCAACAGGUCUGGUGAAGCUCCACCAGCUAUGUCUGGGGAGCAGCUAAGUCCUGCUGAAAUGGAGCUUAGAAUUAAGCUACUGCAGGAAGAUAGCAAGUUGCAGAAGCUUCACAGGGAACUUGUGGCCUGUGGUAAGCUGACAGAAUCAGAGUUUUGGGCUACAAGGAAGAAAUUGCUGGAUAGAGAUGAAAGCAGAAAGUCGAAACAGCAGGUUGGCUUUAAAAAUUCUAUGAUCUUUGACACAAAGCCUAUGAGUGAUGGUCGGACCAAUCAGGUUACAUUCAGUUUAACACCAGAGAUAAAAUAUCAGAUUUUUGCCCUGAAACCAGCCGUUCACCAGGCAUUCCUUAAUUUUGUCCCUAGUAAGAUGACAGAGAAGGAUUUUUGGACUAAGUAUUUUAGAGCUGAAUACCUCCACAGUACCAAAAAUGCUGUUGCAGCAGCUGCUGAAGCUGCUGAAGAUGAGGAGCUUGCUGUUUUUCUGAAAGAUGAUGAGAUAUUAGAAACAGAGUCUCGAAAGAAGGUUCGACGGGUUGAUCCAACUUUAGACAUGGAAGCAGAUCAAGGAGAUGAUUACACUCAUCUUCCUGAUCAUGGGAUCUUCCGUGAUGGUAGCAAGGAAGUAUCUGAAGUGCAACAUCAACUGUGUCGGAGAACUUUAGUGCAAGAUCUUAACCGGCAAGGUGCAGUUGUGCUUGAAGGAAGACCUUUAGAUACGGAGAUGGAACACCAAAGAGCAGUUGCAGAAGCUCUUGCAAGAACGAGACACGAAUCUGAUGAGGAUAUUGAGCAGGAGAGACGUAACAGAAUUUCUCAGAUGACCCAUAUUGAGGAUCUCCAGGAACAGGGUGAUCAUCCAUUUGCUCCACUCUGUAUCAAGGAUCCUCGAGAGUACUUUGAUUCCCAACAAGUUAAUGCUGUUAAAACCUUGGAUCAUUCUCAAGCUGGAAUGGAUCAAACGAGAUGCAAUUUAAGUUCUGAGGAAGCAUAUGGCUCUUUGAAGGCGUCUAUAUCCAAAACAAAGACCCAAGGGUUAAGGGAUCCCCUAGUUAACCCUGAUACUGCUUUUAGGGUUCUUACUGGACUGACAAAGAAUAUCUCAACCUCCAAAUAUCAGUUUGGAAAAAAUUCCCGGGAGAGCGUCCUGGAUAUAUUGCCUAAUACAACGAAGGAGCAACUUCUAGAUCAUUGGGUUUACAGUCAGGAACUGCUGAGGCAUUUCUGGUCUUCAUAUCCUAUUACAACAACAAACCUUAAUACUAAGGUGAACAGAUUGAAGGAUUCCAUAUCACAAAUGUAUUCUAAACUCGAGGAAAUAAAGGUAUCUGCGCGGUCAGACCUGCGGCACCAGGUUUCCCUUGUUGUUCAUCCUAUGCAGCAGGUGCUGGAUGCUGCUUUAUUACAUUAUGAUGCCGACAAGCGAAAACGAAAUUCCAAAGCACAGAAGCCUAAUGGAUAUGCUUAGUAUUAGCAUAAAGUUUCACCCCAUGUCACUUCUCUUGCAACUUGCUGUAAAAUUAAUAGAAAUGCAGAUUUGCAUCAAUUUUGCUGUGAGUUCAUGCCAUAUUUGUUUCUUUUUAAUCAUGAUCAAUGAAGGCUGGAAAUAGCAAGGAAGAGGAAUAAAGGAAUAGCUUAACAUCUCAGGAAUCUUAUUGGGGAAUUUCUCAACCACAAAAAAAAAAAAAAAGAA